AACCCUAAUCUAUCGGUUGAGUUGCGUCGGUUCUCUCUCCCGUAUCCAAAAUCUGAUCAGCUCGAGCAUUUCGUUCGCGCUAGAUUCGUAGAACCAAAGAGGAAAAUGGUGGUACGGAUCCGAUUAUCGAGAUUCGGAUGCAGAAAUCGGCCGUUCUUCCGGGUAAUGGCAGCUGACAGCAGAUCCCCGAGGGAUGGGAAGCACCUCGAGGUCUUAGGGUACUACAACCCUUUGCCGGGACAAGACGGUGGUAAGAGAAUGGGUCUGAAAUUCGACAGGAUCAAGUACUGGUUAUCGGUUGGUGCUCAGCCUUCAGAGCCUGUUCAGCGCCUCCUCUUCAGGGCCGGUGUACUCCCCCCUCCCCCGAUGGUGGCCAUGGGACGUAAAGGCGGCCCACGAGACACUCGUCCUGUUGACCCAAUGACCGGACGUUUCUUGGAUACACAGCAACCCGCUAACGAUACCGAGCCCAAAGAAGAUGAAGAGGAUGAGCCCUGAUUUCUUCAAUCCUCAGUUUCUAGUGUAGCUUCUUGGCAGUUAGUUGUAUGAUUCAUGAGUGAGGACAUUAAAUGAUGUAGCUCCAUAUUGUGGUGAAUGGAUGGAUAUUCCUUUGUGCUCCGCUCUAUGAAAAAUAAACGACAAGAUGUUUUUCCUC